GGCACAACACCAGAGGCGACCAUUUUUCAUCGUCACUGAAAAAGAGAGCGUUUUUAACUCAAGCUGGUCGCGACGGAAGGACACAGCAGAUACAAGUAUUGGUCUUCCCAGACCGGAUCGUAAACCUGGCCUUGCUGCAGAGUCGAAGGGCAUGUUUACCACUUUCAUCGGUUUAAUUGAUAUUCAAUCAUGGUGGGAGGUGCCCUGCAUUGCGCACUUUUGUUCGCUGUUUAGUACCACCUUCCAGCUGCCUAGGUUUGACAUUGAGGAUCUCGAAGAGGCCCUUCUAACAGAUGCCGAUGCCGAGGGUGAAGUAGACCUGAAAGUGUACACCGCGCGCCUGCUGCCGGAGCUAAUCGUCGCACUGUUGAAGGGCUGUGAUGCGCUUGCACAGAUCGGUUCACACAUCAGCCCGAGCAACUAUCAGAUGUUCCUGAGGCGUCUGUUUCGUCAAAAAUGUCAGGAAUAUAAUGUUGAUAAUCCGUUUAACACCGAUAUUGAUUUCGAAAAGCUACCGCUUCGUACGAAGAUCACUAUUUUGAAGUACCUUUGCGACUUCCGGCUCGAUUCCGAACACGUCAGCACCACCUUUGCCGAUUACGACGCGGACAGUCUGCGGCUGGAACCGAUAGGGUACGAUCGCAACGGAUCUUCUUAUUGGCACUUUUUCGGCACGCGCUUGUAUCGGGAAGAUUACGUGAGUGGUGGUGGUAAAUCGAAAGCGGCCAAAUCGCCUGUCUGGCAGGUAAUCUGCUUCACAGAGGAAGAUUGGCGCAAUCUAGCGAACAAGCUCGAUCACUCCACCAACGCGAAGGAGCGCACCCUGCACGAGCUGCUGGUGGAAAACUUUUUGCCUUACAUUCCGAAACUAUUUCGCGACAAGGAAAGGGAACGUCGCAAUAGACUUUUCGAGCGGCCUAGAUCAACACGCAUAAAACAGCUGCAGGAGGUAAAAAACCUCCGCCAGCAGGAACAGCUGCAAAAAGAGCAACAACAGCUGCUACUGGAAGAGGAAGAGAUCAAUCGGGAAAGCAGCAGCAAUCUUACCGAAGUGCAGCAAAAGACACGUGUACCACAACCGAAACGGGCGGAACUGCUGUCGGAAGCGCGUGCGAAACGAGCUGAGCGACGGUUAGAAGCGAAACAUUCACUCGCGAACAACAACUCUCACUACCAAGGCCAAAGUGUUUUAGAAAGGGUACCGCAGGGUUUUUGUACGCACAAAGUCCAACCACGGGGGCAAGUGUGUAGUGUGCGAUGCUGGCGGACGAUAGACGACGGCGACGAAAACUACCUAAAGUUGGCGACGUUCGCGGGAAAACCUUUUUCGCACACACAGUGCAAAGCAAACACAGAAUCGGCACUACAUGCGACGUCUGAUCCGACCCUACUAUCCUCGACGACCAUCCCCCCCUCGACAAACAACAAACAUCGUCGUUCGACAGCACGAAAAAAAAGAAAACCGAACCGUUCCGUGACAGACGUGAGAAGCGUGAAACAAUAUCUCGAUCGAAUUCCGUCACAACCACGAAAAGAAAACGCGUUCCGUAGUAGAGCAAAUAGUCCGUACCUUUAUGACAGCGCCACUAAUUUGAGCGGUUCCACUUCUCCGUCAGUAGGUCCUCGGCUCUGGAGGGCCAGACUGUACAGCGCCACAGCACGUCGUAGCGCAACGGGAAGUGCAUCGCCAACGUCGCUAGCUCGCUCCAGCUCGGUCGAAUCGAACGCCCGGAGCGAAAGAAGUUACGCCAGCAGCAGCCGAAGUAGAUCGGUUGAAAGCGAAGGUGGUCACCACGCGACGGCGGACGCUGCGAUCUACAACGAUUCGUACUACAUUGUAAGCCGGCGCGAGGACAGCGAAAGUGUGCACAGCUUCAGCGACACCGAGGCCGAAAAUAACAUCAACAGUGGCAAUACCGACACGAACAGCAAACAGCACCACCACCAGCUGGUGGAACAGUCGGAACCGGCUGUCAUCAAGCCACUGUGUCAGCAGCGGCAGCAAACGAAAGCGGAACAAAAAGCGGAACGGCGUCCCGUUCGGCCGGUAAGCGCCGAGGUAGAGAAAUUGUUGCGCUUCAAUCAAAUCAUGGCUCCGACAGCGACGAAACUGCCUGGCCGUCAAACGAACAACUCUCUGUCGUCCGUCACCGGGCCCGUGAUAUUGCCAUUCAGCGAAGGGCCAGUUGCGAAGGGCGCCGCAACCAAUGGCGGUAAUAGCGGCGGCAAAGGAAGUGACGGUGCCGCGUCGGCCACAAAUCAGGGCCGUAAAAAGAAGGGCAAGUCGACGAAUGUUAAUGCCACCUCUGCUGCUGCUGCUAGCUACACCAACAGUAGUUUUACCAAAGCGAACUGUUCCGCCACCUCAAUUUUCGUAUCGUCGUCUCUUAGCUUUACCGAAACUGACGAGGUCCUGCAGAUCGGUAUGCACAAGGUGCUGGAAAGUAUCAAAAACCACGACGAUGCCUGGCCAUUUAUGGAUCCGGUCGAUGAGGACAUUGCGCCAAAGUACUAUUCGAUCAUACGAAGGCCUAUGGAUCUGCAAAAGAUGGAGGAAAAGUUAGACAAUGGGGAGUAUAUGAUUUUCAGUGACUUUCAAAACGAUUUUAAGUUGAUCGUCAACAACUGCCGGCUAUAUAAUGGUCAAGCAAAUGAAUAUACGGAAAUGGUCAACAACCUUCAGAUUGCGUUUGAACGUGCCAGGAAGAAAUACUUUGACGAGAACUCAUCAGACGAGGAACUGAUGAGCCACGAGUAUCCGGAUGUGAGUCGCGCGAAUGCUGCGUUCAAGGAAAAACCGUCCUCAAAGGACAGCAACAAAUCAACCUCCUCCGAUGCAAUGAACGGCCGUGGACAGCCGCACAGCAAAGGCACGCCGAAGGACGCCGGCAAGGGAGAGGCCGGCAACAAGGACAGGUCGAAGAAAGGCGGCGGCUCCGGUGGCAAUGGCAAUAAUAACAUAAGUGCAAAGUCAAGCAGCAGCAGCUCCAAUGCAAACUCCAAAGAUAACAGUGAUGGUGGUGGUGAUUCGCCGUCCCUCCAAGGGAAGGACAAACCGUGCAAAGAAUCGAAAGCAAAGUCGGUGAAAAGUGGUACGAGUGCCGGGGGCGACAAGAAAGGUGGCAAAAAUGUGAUGGGCGAAAAGAAGGAACCGUUCGCGCCGGCGGCUGGUGGAGCCGGUACGAAAAAGAACAAAGCAAACAAACAGCAGCCGGAGAUGGACUCGGAACCGGAACCAGACCCGGAACCGCCGGAAAAGGACAAAAGUGCAUCGCGAGUGAACAACAAAACUGUAAAACGCAAGCGCAAGGAGAAGGAGAAAGGUGAUAAAGUGAAAAGCAAGAAACUAAAAACCGAAACAAGUGACCAUAGUGAUGGGGAGGAUGGGCUGCAGCGGGACGAAGAUAGGGUGAAUCUCAAAAGCGAAGAAGAGCCCGAUUGGAGCGAACCCGAACGGAAACGGUACAAAAAGGAUCAUCAUGGUGAUGUGGGAGAGGACGAACCUGCAACGACACCGUUACAGGCAGGAGAUGGUAGUGGUAUGCAGUUGGCGGGUGGUAAAAUGGAUGAUCUGAAGGAGGAGGAGGAGGAGGAAGAUUUUCCAGUGUACGAGAGCAAGAAGAAGGCGGCGGUGAAAGCGCUGCAGGAGAAAGAGAAAAAGAAAAACAGUUCUAAAGUGAAGAAGGAGGAAAAGAAGAUGAACAAACCGCCCAAGGGUGGCAAGGGGAAGGAUGCAAAGUGUGAAUCGUUUUCGCCGGUACGGCAACGUUCAAUGUCGCGAACGCCCAGCCCAUCGCAGGAGGAUCCCUCCUCCAAACAGUCACCGAAUGGGUCGUUGAGCCCCAAGAAAAAAGAUAACGUGUCGUCGGAUGCCGGUGGGGGUGUGGUGGAAAAAACGGGGUCCAAAAAAGGGAAGGAUAAGAGUGGGUCGGAAGCCGAUGGGAAACAGCAUAAGAAGGGAAGUGGCGCGGCCAAGGCCGGAGCGGGUAUUUCGGUUGCGAAGCUGGACAAAAAGACGAAAAAAUCCGGCGCCCUGGCGUCUGCCAGCAAGGGUGGUGGCAAGGGCCGGCAAAAGAAAGCGGGUGGCAAACAGAAAAGCUCCCCCGUCGAGCGUGUCGACGAAGGGUCCAAGUGUGAGGAAGAAGCGGACCACAAUGCACGACACGAACCGGCCCCGAUGGAUACGAACGGGGAGCGGAACGAUGAAGCAAGCGAUAUGAGCGACUUUGAGGACAUUGACAAUAUGCGUGUGAAGCCUCACGACACCAGCAUCGAAGAGGAAAAGGAUGGUGGUGAUAGCGAGCGGGAGCCGGCGGCGAAAAAGUCGUACGACAAAUCAAAAAACAAAAAGAACAAAACCAGCAAGAAGAAUGUGGGAAAAGCUGGCGGUGCUGGGGGCGAGCAUCAUCGCACUAAAAAGAGCGGCGGAAGCAAGAGCAAGCAGAAGGGGAAGGAUAAAAAGAUGGACAAAAAAUCGCACAAGCGCGAUAAGGCUGGCAAGGGCAAGAAAAAGUCCAAAUCCUCCAGCGAUGAUCGUGCGCACGGGGGCGAUCGCGAAGCAACGUCGAGCGGUGGUGAGGAUGAAGAAGGUGCGGAUGGAGGAGAGGGAAGAGUUGAAUACCUCGGAGAUGCGUCGAAAAGUGCCUCAAAGCCGAUGCAAAAGCAGUCCAGGGACUCGCGCCUUGCCGCUGCAACGCGAUCGAUGUCACGUUCGCCCAGCCCGGCCCGGUCGUACUGUUCUGACGGUCGGUCGGCACGCGACAGUGGCGAGGAGGAAGACGACCAUCCGAAGCAAGCGCACGAUUCCACGCUUCCACCGAACCGAUCGAUCACUCCCGAUAUCAAGGAUAAGUUUGAUCUCAUCAAAGAACGCCGGAAUAGGGCAGCCGCGGCGGCUGCAGCAGCGGCCGAAAGCAAAGCAAAAGCCAAGCAGGCGAAAGCGAAGGGAAAGGAAGCAGGUAGCUCGGGAAAGAAGGGUAAAUCGUCGACCAAAGGAGGAGGAGGUGGCAACCGUGGCCAAAAGCACGCGGUGGAAGAAGACAGCAGUGUCAAUGCAAGUGCCUCACCAUCAAGCGCUGGUGCCAAACAGCAGCAGAAAAAGCACCAGCAAGUGUGCGACCCAGAAGACGGCAGCAAGCCUUCCAGUGAAAGUAAAUCAUCCAGCAAAAGCACCACCAGUGGUGGUGGCUCGAAGGGGAAGAAAAAUCGCGAUAAAUCGACGGCAAAUAGUGGCGAGUCUUCCAACGCGAAACCGGGCGAUAAAAAACACCCCCGCCCAGGUGCUGCUUCCGCUGACAGCACGAAGAAGGUGGACCGAAGCAACGAGUACGACUUCGUUGACGAUGGCCCCGACACAAAGCUGCACAAGAACCACGCGAAGUCAGCCCAUGCUGCCAGCGGUGGCUCUUCCAAGGCGGCUAAAAAGUCAACGUCGGCAACAGCAACUGCGACCGGUCCGACCGGUUUAACCGCUCAAAAACAUCUUAAAGCGAAUUCCAAAACCAUACCGCCACCAACGGGAAAAUUGUCCAAAACACCCGCUACAGCAGCGGGCGGUGGUGGUGGUAGUGCGGCUGGUGCAAACAUGGAGGAGCUAGAGCUGGAAACCGAGCAGACACUGAAGGACAUUAACAAAUGGUUGGAAAACACGCCGCGGUUUCCCGAGUACAGCUCAGCCAGCAACUCGCCGUCGCGCUACAUCAUGGACGAUUUCGACACGGUGCCGGUAAAGAUCGAACCGGCCGACUUCCGCAAACCGAUUCCCCUGUCGCAGCUGCCGGCGGCGAACGAAGCGGCCGCUAGCCCGCUACGUGGAGCAAGUCCCGGUCUGGCGACCAUCGCCACACCGCCGAAAGCAUUCUCCCCUAGGUCGGCAGCCAGUUCAAAAGAGCCCAGCGGCCCUGCAGCGGGCACCGGCAAACAAGCGAGCGGCAGCACGACGCCAUCCGCCUCACACGCGAAAGACGCCUCCAAAGGUGAACCGCUGGGUUCCGAUUCGGCCGGUGCACUAAAAGAUUCUACCAACAGCACCGCUGCCGCAACGGGCAGCAAACCCGCUGGACCGACGAGUCACACACUGCUGGGCCCUCCGCCGAUCAUACCGCCGCACUCGCAGAAAAAGGAACCCAAAGAACCGAAGCGAAAGUCGCUGAAGGAAAAGCUCUGCCAGCUGGGUGCGGGUGGGCGAAAGCGCGAUUUGCACCAUCACCGUACCACGAUCGACCGGUUGCAGCCGGGCAAGGCGAAGGGCAACCUCAUCGGGACGAUCCAGAAUCUCAACAAGCCGGACGAAUUAUUCCCGCUCGGCGCGGGUGGUGGUGCUGGCGCGGGAGGCAGCGGUGCGACCGGCAGCGGUGCCCUGAACAAGGUGAAGGAGGUGAAGAACUCGCUGAUCGUGAAGACGGACGAGUCAAAACCGAAGCUAAGCCUCGGUACCGUGCUUAAUACGGAAGGGUUCGGUAUCGUGCAGCAGCACAACUUUGCCGACGACGAGGACGAUCCCAAGCGUAGCUCCUCGUUGCUGAAGAAGGACGAGGACGCUGAGGAGGACGAACUGUUGAUCGGUACCGCAGCGAUCGGUGCUGUAAAGCCCUUAAUAAGUGCGUUGAAAACCGCAGCACUAGCGAUCACCGGUGGAAGCUCUCCCGCCGGUAGCCGGGAGGGAGGAUUGCUCUCGAAAAAGGAUGAACCUAGCAACACCACGGCCGCGGGUGAGAAAACGGAACCGGCCAGCGAUCUGGCGGUGGCCGGAGAGCCCAAAAGCAGCACCGUUUCGUCGGCAGCGGACAAGUUGUUCUCGCUGGAGGAUGGAAAGCCGGGCAAAGCGGAGGAAACGAUUGGAAAGGACGCACUCAAAGGCAAGGAUAAACCGGCCGCAACGCCCAACCUGAACGCAUGGAUCAAGGCGUUCGGUGCGCCGAAAAAGCCGAAGAAAUCGGACGACACCGAUGAACCCGGCAAAGCUUCGCCGGCCAGCGAUAAGAGCAAGCCGAACGAGAACACCUCCACCCACCCUUCGUCGAACGAAUCGUCCAGCGGCAUUGGCAGUCUGCCGACCAUUCCCGGCAGUCUGGAAAGUCCCAGCUAUCCCACGUUGCCAACCGUACCGCGGCAGCGAAAGGCCAGCACCGGCAGCACGGUUAGCGAGCGGUCCUCGUACAGCCAAGAUCCGGACAGUCCCCGCAUCGGUAUCGACGAACGGCUCGGAGCGUAUCCCGCCCCGUACCCGAGCCCGAUCGGGGCGUCACCGAUCAUGACGUCGCCCAAGCUGGACGAUACGCAGAAGAGCCCGUACCAUCCACUGAACGGUGCGAUCAAGGUCGGGUUCUAUCAGGACACCACGCAGAAGAGCAGCCCGGAAAAGAGUUGCAGUCCGCGGGAUCUACCCUCGCCGUAUCCGCAGUACUCGCAGCAUCUGUACACGUCCAACGCUGCGAACGCGACCGGUACCGGUGGUACUACAACUACCGCCGGGAACAAUAUUGCCCCCGGCGGAGGUUCCUCGGUGUACGGCAGCUAUUCUGCGUAUGGGACUACACCUACCGGUAUCGGGUCUACCGGUACAAACGUUAACCAGCCCAGUACGGCAGCGGCAGCAGCUACGGCAAGCAGUGUGGCCGACAGUUUCAAAGGCUACGGCAAAGAGCUUAAAUCACCGGUCGAUUUCUACGACCAGUACAAACAGCCAGCCUCGCAGGAGUCGGACUACAACUCGUCGAUGAGCCCCAGUACAAAUCCCAACUCUCCAUAUCACAACCCGGCGUCAUCACCGUACCAGCAGCAGCCAAACUCGCCUUCCUGCUACCAGCAGCAGCAGCAGCCGCAAGCGUCCUCCUCCUCCCCGUACGGGCAUCAACCGUCGUCGAUUGCGUCGCCCGCCUCGUCGGUGGGUCCGCUGUCGCCGUACAAUCCGCCGGCGGUACCGCACAGUCCGGCUACCGGACAGACCACACCCUCCAGCAUCAGUGGCCACUCGCCGUACAACCCGGGCCAGGGGCAGUCGCCCUACCACACCAAUCAGGCCCCGUCAACGGCCUCGACGUCGCCAUCGACCGGUACAGCGGUGGGCGGCGUUGCUGCCAGUGGUGGUCAACCUAAGCUGCAGUCGAAACCAAAUACGCCGCUGCACCAAAGCCCCAACUCACCGUUCUCACAGUCAAACCAAAGCUCCCCCUACUCACAGCAGGAUCCCAACUCGCCCUACUCCUCCCAAGGUGGCCAGCUGUCGCCGUUCCAGCCGAUGUCCCCGAAACCCCAGCAGCCGGCUGCUCCGUCCGCUGCCGGCAACACCAGCAACAGCAACGCCAACAAUGCGAUUAAGCUCGCUCCCCCGAUCAUCACGCCGCAACAGGCCGCCGCUGCCGCUGGCGUAACACUUCCACCCGAAUCUCCCGCCCAUUCGCAAGCGACGACGGCCGCGACGAUCGGUGUGCAUCAGGCACAAAACCUGACCGGAUCGGGCGGCAGUACGGGCACGGGCAACAACAGUUCUGCCCCCUCAAGCACGCCGGGAACGACGAUCGCGUCCACACCGAUGCAGCUGAACUCGCACCAAUCGCCCUGGACGGCGCACCACAAUCAGUACAACCCGUACCUGAACCAUCCGGGCGAUACGGCCGGCGGGGCGGGCAGCAUGUCGUCCUCGUUGCCCCCAGCACCGGCUCAUAUGCCACCAUCUCAGCAGGGACAUCUUAGCAACGUGCACACGCAUCCAUCGCCCGCCCACACGCAGCACCAGCAGCACCAACACCACCAGCACCACCAGCAGCACCAGCAGCAGCAGCAGCAGCAGCAGCAGCAGCAGCAGCAGCAGCAGCAGCAGCAGCAGCAGCAGCAGCAGCAGCAGCAGCAGCAGCAGCAGCAGCAGCAGCAGCAGCAGCAGCAGCAGCAACAGCAGCAGCAGCAGCAACAGCAUCUACUGCAACACCACCAACAACAGCAGCAACACCAGCAAAGUCAUCAACAGCAACACCAACCAAAUCAUCAGCAAACGCCACACGGGCACCAUCUAGCGACGACACAGCAGCAGCAGCAAAGCCAUCUUGGCAAUCUGCUAAUGGGAUCCAACAACAACCCCUACACUUCCACGUACGGUCGGCCGUACGAUCUCAAUUCGGCGUCGGCAUCCAACACAUCGUCAUCAGCUUCAGCAGCAGCAGCAGCAGCAACGGUGGGCGGAUCGGGAACGACCGCGACAUCAUCCAACAUUGAUCACCAUCAUGCGCCGCAACAUCAUUCCCAGCAGCAACAGCAGCAGCAUCUUCAUCAUCAGCAACACCAACAGCAGCAUUCGGCGCCGCAUCAUCCACAGCAUCCGAGUUUAAGCGGCAUCAGCAACAAGAACAGCCCUAGCACGGCCUCAAUCACCAACACUUCGAAAGUACCUGAAAUGAUCAACCUAGGCUAUAGCGAACCUGAUACCAAUAGCAGCAAACCGGCGCAGGACGUUCCAAUGAACAUGGAAUCUUCGAGCGGUUUGGGCAAGGAGAAAGCAGAUGGUACGAAGGACAACAAACAUUUGCAGCAGCAGCAGCAACAACAACAACAGCAACACCAAUCUUUCGAUCAUCAUAUGGGCAUGAGUUACGGAAACCCGAUGGAUAUUUCCAUCAGCAAAUCGAAGGCGUUCGAUAUGUUUAAUCGUGCGGCGACGAUGAAUUUCCCGCGCGGGUUCGGUGCUCCGGGCAUCCAUCAGCCGGCACCCGCUGGCAACGUUGGGGCCAACAGCACCGGCGGCUACGAUCAUCACCGCUCGUUGUCACAGGCGACCAACAUGAACAAGGCGCACGAUAUGAGCGGUGGUGGAGCAGGUUCGGCGACGGCUAGCGUGUCCACCGCACCAACCGGCUACAUCAUGCAGCCGGCGGGCGGGAAACAGGCCAAUCAACACCCAGCGGACCAGCUGCAUCUGCCCCGCUACGAUCAGCGCAGUCCGCAACAUUUGCAACAGCAGCAGCAGCAACAGCACGGUGUAACAUCCGCUUCCUCUGGGCCAUCAUCGCAACCAAGCGGCAGCGGCAACGCGUCGACGGAUCUCAGCAGCGCGGGUGGCGGCUACAAAUCAUAUGGUGUACCGGGUACUCCAGCCACGGCCGCAUCGGCAUCGCUGAUGGACCCGGCAAUACGCAAUCUCACCUCCCUGUCCUCCCUCUACAACCCGGACCCGGACCGACUGCUCGGUGGUCCUGGUGCGCCAUCUGCGACCACGGCUGGCGGCUUCUACGACAAAGGUAUGCCGUCGGCCGCGCACAUGUUUGGCAAAAAUCUAUCCCAGCCGCCGGUCGCGUCCUCCUCCGCUGCCACCACGUCGGCCCUGCAGCAGAUGUUCAACAACACCAUGGCGGCCACCACGAUGGCAGCGUACAACGCCAACCGGGAGCAGCCGAACGUUUCCUACGUGCCAUCGCCCAACUAUCACCAUCCGCAGCAGCAUCAGCAGCGGACCGACAUGAUGAAUGCAACCAACAUCCAGCCGCAAAAGAUGUCCCACAAUGCCAACGUACCGUCGGCUUCGGGCGGCGGUGCCGGUAAUGCGUCGGUCAGCAGUGAACCUGCGCCGCCACCGGCUAAACCCAAACGCUCGCGGAAAAAGAAGGACCAGCUAGCGCAGGAACAGGCAGCGGCGGCGGCGGCGUCAGCAGCAGCUGCAGCAGCAGCAGCGGCAGCGGCAGCAGCCCAACAGCAGCAGCAAACGCUACAUCAGCACGCAAUGCAUGCCGCCCAUCAGCAGCAGGCACUCGGCCCACAUCAAGGAUUCCCCGCCUACCCUGGGCUAAAACCAUCCAACUCUACCUCCUCCGCCAGUGGUGGUGCGGGUGGUGCUGGCGGUGGUCCACCCGGAAUGGGUUCGGCUUCCGCUGCGCCCGGUGCGGUUGGGAAUCCGGCAAGCAGCGCGGAAACGUCCGCCAUUUCGCUGAAAACGGCCAACAUCGUUCCCGGCAGCGCGUUCAAUUUUGGCCCCGGGCCGGCUGGGCUCGGUCUGCCACCGGGUGGCCUUUACGGUGACACGUCUGCCACCACGUACCUGGAGGAGUCGUACCGCAACUCCCAAAAUCCGUACUACCUCCCGCCCAGCCAUCGGGGCACAUCGGCGACGGGCUCGGGUAGCACCGGUACCGAGGCCGACAAGCUUGGCAACCCGAUCGGCUCCCAGGCUACCCCGCCCGGGUCGGUAGCGGCGGCCGCCGCUGCCGCUGCCGUUGCCUCCGUACACGGCCCACCGCCACCGACCGCUGCCUCGCCGUACCAUCAGUUCCUGGCUUCGCAUCACGGCACACGCCCGUACCAGUUCAUGAACCAGUUUGAUCCACUACACCAACAGUACCUGCGACAGGAGGAGCUUCGGGCACAGAUGAUGAUCAACCAGGGGCUUCUGGGCGCGCCGGGUGCCGCUCCGCCUGGUGCGUACGGACAGCCCGGUUACCAUCAUCCCGCGAUCGGUAUGCACAAGCCGUACGACGCGAUGAACAGCAUGAACCGCUCGCCCUUCCUAUAACAUCCGCAACCACCGGCUGCGGGUGAACUUUUGGGAAAAACGGCACCAGUGGGGACAGAGAUGAAUGGCAGCGAAUGAAAACAAACUAAAAAACGAUGUCCCCCUUCUCGUCCUGCAUACAAAGUAAAAGGUUUACUUCAGUUGACAUUAUCAUCCGUUCUAAGAACGAUGUACGAAGGGUAGAACGAGUUUGUGCAACCUAAAAUGCUUUGUGCAUCUGUAUUGAUGUUUUCUAUUUUGGGGGAUUUUGGCAGAUUAUUUUACUUCUUCUAACCUUUUGCACAGAGUGGAAUAAGAACGGUAGUGUUGUUACUUGAAUAAUCCAUUAAAAACUAAGCAAAAAGUUACACCAAUCACAUCUUGCAAGGGUCCACCGCUAAUUGUUUGUGAAAGGUUGAAUUUGCGAACAUUUACUUCAAUUUAGUAUUUUAUGUUUUAGACCUCUCUCUUAUUUUCUUUUCCUUUUUUUCGUUUUGUAAUCAGUCCAGACCCUUGUUGUCCCUAGUUUUGUAUCAUUCUUAUGCAACUGUUGCAAGAUUGUUUCGUUGCUUAUACAAUAUGUUUAUUCGUCCCAGUAAGGAAUAAGGGAAAACAACCGUCAAUAAGUUGAAGUAUUUUUCUUUACGUGUUUUUUUUUGUAUUGUCUUUCCGACCAGAACUGAGUUGGAAUAAGGUUGAAUUGUCUCAUAAAACUACAAAACCUGUGUAUAGUUGUAGAUUCGUUCACAUUGUGCAAACGUCAUGUUUAUGCCUCGUCUUAGACGAUGAUGCAGUGAUUGUGUGAUAAAUGUAUGUCGCUGCUAAAGGAAAAGAUUGUAUUUCUCUAGCGGCUAUUAUCCUAUUUUGGUGUGUGGUGUCUCAGAAUGUUAUAAACUGCAAACGGCUGGGUUUUGUAUGAAUUAGGUUGUUUUUAAUAACGUAAAUUAUGUACUCAGUUAUGCGCAGUUUGUGAAGUAUACUUUUGGUUUUUUUCGUUGUUAUGGUCUUAAAUGAACACACACAUUGAAUAUUCUCAGAAUUGGUCGAGUGUAAAGGUUUCAAGGGUGAAAAUAUCAGACAGCAUUUAACUUUAGCCUCAACUUGUCGAAGCUACUUAGCCGCGAUUCUGCUUAAGUUCUGCUACAUAAAUAUGAAUUAACUAGUUCCCUUACUACCAAGAAGAUACAUUACCACAUUCCCUCGAUGAGUUUCCUUCACUUUUUAAACAGAAAUAUCAAUUAAUGGUAAAACAUAUUUCAUCAGUAACCGUAACACUCACAAAUAAUACCAGUCGAUAGUUCGAAUAAGUAAAUAUUGAAGAAUAUUCUAUUAUAACACAAGCAGAUGAAAACAAAAUGGUAACCAUUUCGUUUAAUACAGUAAAAGUGCAGCCACUCGCCACCCCCAGCCCCUGUACUGUACGCCUUAUUCGUCAGCGUAACUUCCACCAAAAAAAAUGUGUGGAAACGGUUAAUCAUCGUUUGUCUGCAUGCAAACAGAACAUAGGAAAAUAGAAGUUUAUCGAUCUAAGCUAAUGGAGAAUUUAAAAUAACACAAUAAUCAAACCCCCGAGCAAAGCGUAACGAGAUUAGUGAGAAAGAAAGAGAAAGAGAUAAAAAAAGAUAUAAAAGGCAACAAAUUUGUUAGGAGUUGAAUAAUAAUCAAAAUUUGACUAUAGGAUCUAUUUAUAUUUGAAAAUGUAUAUCAUUGCUACACGAUCUGUAUCUGGGUUCUGAUCCUUGUUGUGAUCUUUCUGUACGGGUUCACCCCUCAGCACGAUUACCAAUCACAUGCGUGAAAGAACAAAAAUUAUGUAUUCUUUUACUGUGGUUGUACAAUUUUCAUUUCUUUAUUUUUUUGUGUGUAAACAAAAGUAGAAACUGAUCGGACGGAACAAAAACAGACAAAUUGAUCAUGUUCGCUUUUCCUUUUCUUCAUCUUAUGUUCUUUGUUUCUAGCUCUCUUUCUCUUUCAUACAAUUAAACCGAGGGCAUUCGAGAAAAUGUAAAAAGUCGUUUUUUAAAAGCACAUCAGUAGUUACAGCAACACAAACAUUAGACGAUGACGAUCGCAAUGAACAUUACGGUUGUUUAGGUUUCUUUUUCACCCUAGUAAGCCUUUUUGUACAUACAUUUAGUCGGAUAAAGAGUGCGAUCCGAUCGCUCUUGGUAAUACGAACUGUAGGCGGCGAACCUUCUCCCACGACCAAAUGUAGCGUUUUCUUUGCUGGAAAGGAAACCUUACAUACACUAUAAACUCUUCCGUUCCUUGUAUAGAUGUUGUGCGUACUGGUGUGCGUAGGUUAAGCUAAACAACUUGUUAAUUAUUAGAACAAAAGAACAAAAACAGGCAUGCGCAUAGUCUGUCGAAUUAGCGUAAUGUGGAUCAAGGCGAAUUGCUAAAAAAAUCGUUUGACAAAAUGCGAUUUUAGAGAAGAACAAUGCUAUAGCCAUCGGAAUAUAUAUUAGUUAAUACACGUUUUAAGUAUAGACUUUCCUACACCUCCACAGCGUUUCACACCAGUUGGGGAUGUGGGCGAGUGCGUACACAAAAAGAAUCGUAUUAAGUGGGUAGUAUAAGUUAUUAAACGAUACAAGACAACACAACAAUUGUACGCAACAACGGCAUAAAGAACUGUUUUCGAAACCGUACAUCUAGUGUAGUGAAAUUCCGUGCGUGUGCGUGUGUGUGCGUGUGUGUGUGUGUGUUUGUAAGGUUAGUCGUCAGCUGUGUGUGCCUGUCGUCGUGUGCGCAUUUCAUAAUUGCUGUGUUGAGGAUAAUUAACAACAGGAGCUAAAUUACCCCUUACAGGAAAAGGAAAUAAUUCUAGCAAAAGUUAAUUCACUAACGCAUAUGUUAACUGAUGAUAUAGCGCGUUUGAGUUGCUUUGAGUAGCAAAAGUUGUAGAGCAACAAACCAACAGCAUCCACCACAAAAGCCUUGUUUGGUUAAGAAAGCUGAAAAACUUUUUGUUGUUGUAAUGUUUUAUGUUUUAGACUAUUAACGUCUAUCCACAACAUAAUGUUUUCGGGAUUUGAAGGGGUAGUUAAAAACGAAAUUCGACAAAAA